AUGCUUGAACUGCAGUCCACAACACUUUCGUCGUUGGGUACGGCGAUCAUUGCGAUGAUUAUUGUUUGUAUAUUGUUUAUUGGCGAUAGUGCGAUCGUAUUUUGGGUUGUUUUCACAAUGAUCUCAAUGGAUAUUGGAAUUGCCGGAUUUUUAUCGCUUUGGGGUGCAGACCUCGAUCCAACCACAGUCGUGAACAUAUUGGUUCGUCUAAUCAGUAUCUCUUCUUUGAUUAUUUCAAACAAAUUCUACAUUGAGCCACUCUGUGAACCGAUGAUACUCAACUUUCUUCAGCAAAUGGCCAAUUUGGGGGAUCAAAGUACAAUCAAAUCAACCACGUUCUUUUCCCUAUCUAGCGAGAUUUAUUAA